AUGUAUCGUUGUUUACUCCUACUCGUCUGUUGCUCGGUUGUGAACGGCCAUUGGUGUCACGGAGACAAGCCGUGCCCUUGGAGACAUGGUCCUCACGAUUUUCGACACGGACCGCAUAGACAUCUACCCGGCUUCUUUGGUCCACCUCAUCAUGGGCCGCACGGACCUCAUCGACACCCACCCUUCGGCCCUCCGCCCGGUCAACAGGGGAGACGCUGGGACCAAGGGAGCGGUAACGACUUCGAAUCCCUAGCCAAUCAGUUCAUUGCAGAGGACGAAGCCUAUCUCAACUAUUGCAAUGGGAAUAGAAACAGCGUGAGAGAAGUCUACGGCGACGACUCGUACAUGCUUAUAUACUCUGUGCCGGGUUUGAAAGGUGGAAAUGUGAAGGUUCAGAUCAAGCAUAAGCUAAUCAACGUCGUCGCUAACGCGGGCGGCACAGACUUCGAUGACAUCAGGAUUCUUCCCAGCAUAGUGGACUCGGCUGAGGCGAGAUGGUAUUUGGAUGGUGGUACUAUUAAAGUGCUUCUUCCAUACAAAAUUCGCAUCAACAUGGAGAUGCCGAAGCGCUGUGAGACUAUCGAUAGGAACGUGAUAAAUGUGCAAGAACUGCCAGACAUUUCGAACUUGGAGCGGCAGGAUCCACACGGUUAUGCCGUUCCGAAUUUCUCGCCGAAAGCAAAAAGGUCGCAGUAA